UUUGAAGCCCCGCUAUUCUCGUCCAUGGCUUCGGAGGAUAAAGGUCGGCCACUGCCAAAAUUUGGCGAAUGGGAUGUGAACAACCCGGCUACAUCAGAAGGAUUCACUGUUAUAUUUAACAAGGCCAGAAAUGAGAAGAAGACCAACGGUACCGCAGUGACCUUUGCAACCCCACGAAAAUCUGAUGAUGACGAUGAUAAGGAUGACAAGUUUGAAAUUCCUAAGAAGAGAAAGUGGCUUUGCUGUGUUGUAGUCUAGAGUUGCUCAAAAAUGUGAAAUUUGGUGAUGAAAUGUACCCCUGACGACUAGGUGGAGGGAAUCCUGUACAAAAAACAAAACCAACUAGUUCUUGCAUUGUAAAGCAGGGUAUGGUAAUUUAUUUUUACUAUUCUAUUAUGUCGAUGAUGGUUAUUUCCGCCUUCUUGUAGUUUGUAAACUGAUAUAAUUUUGUAAUACACGGGAAAGAAAUGACAUGGUGGCCGGUGGGUAUGACCUUAAUGAACUGAAA